AGCUUGACAGAUUCGGGGGCGUCUCCGUGCGCCUGGCGCGGCUGGACGCAGUGCACCGCCUGGACCCGGCCGCCUUCCAGAGGGCCUUGCAGGGCAAGUGCGCCUGGUCUGAGGCUCCCCUGCCUUUCUAAGGAAGUAACCGCGGCCCCCACCCCCGAGUCGCGCCUGAGGGAAGGAGAGAGGGCGUGCGUGACCCGCAGCGGUUUUCUGCCUUUCUUUCUUGUGUCCUUGACUGGGAGGUCUCUGAGGCGGUUGGGUGAAAUGGUGACGAGCUCAGACUUUGGGAUCGGCAGCCCUUGUUUCUGGUCAUCUUUCUAGUGUGUGAUCUUGGGCAAGUUCUGUAAACCACCGUUUUCUCAUCCGUAAAACCAGCUGCAGUACAGAAAUGGAGAUCAGAAGGUAGAGUAGCAGUAUGGCUGCACAUUCCCAUCCUCCAAAGUCGAUUUAUUGCCCCUGCCGCUUCCCUGGGCUUCUGCUUUCACCACGCGGAAUCGGACUCAUCCACGCUGACUCUGUGGCUGGGAGAGGGGCCCAGCAGAUUACCAGGAUAUGCUACACAUCAAGUGGGAGUUGCAGGAGCUGUAUUUGAUGAAAAUACUAGAAAAAUAUUGGUUGUACAAGAUCGAAAUAAAUUGAAAAAUAUGUGGAAGUUUCCAGGAGGCCUGUCAGAGCCUGGAGAAGAUAUUGGAGAUACAGCAGUUCGAGAAGUUUUUGAAGAGACUGGUAUAAAGUCAGAAUUCAGGUCCCUCCUGAGUAUUCGGCAACAGCACACCCAUCCUGGAGCUUUUGGAAAGUCAGAUAUGUAUAUUAUCUGCCGCUUAAAGCCAUAUUCAUUCACCAUAAAUUUUUGCCAGCGUGAAUGCUUAAGGUGUGAGUGGGUGGAUCUCAGUGACCUAGUCAAGACUGAAAAUACAACUCCGAUCACCAGCAGAAUCGCUAGGCUGCUGCUGUAUGGAUACAGAGAAGGGUUUGACAAGAUUGAUCUGACCAUGGAAGAACUUCCAGCAGUUUACACAGGCUUGUUCUAUAAAAUCUAUCACAAGGAACUGCCAGACAGUUAUAAAACUAUGACAGGCAUGGAUUAAGUUUAUAUUUACAUGGUGUUAAAAUGUUUAAGUAAAUUGUACCUGUAGGUUAAUGUGUGCCAUAUUAUAAGAAGUAGUGGACAUUUGGGUUAACUAAAUAUCUAACUUAAAUUUUCUAAUGUCUAUGAUUUCCAUGAAGAAAACUUGUUUGUACGUAUGCACAUUUUAAAAGCCUCUUUUCAAAUGAAGCAAAUGUAUGAAAAAGAUUGUAGCUCUAAGUAAGCUUCACUGGAUAAAGGCAAAUGCUAUAUAAAAAGUGGAAGUUAUGCAUUUUCCAGGAA